AUGAGCGCCGACGCAUCUGAGUUCGCGAGCAUCCCCAAGGACCCCGUUUCCGAAGAUGUUCAUGAACGCCCACAGGAUGCAUCGGACUCCGCAUCUGGGAACGACCUUGCCCCGGGCGAGUUCAGCGUCGAUAAUGUCGAGCGCAUUUAUAAUAAAUUGGAUUGGCGCAUUAUUCCCGCCCUCUGGGUGCUCUACUUUAUGGCUUCGGCCAUUCGCUCUAAUGUUGGUUUGGCGCAAACCAUGAAUGAAGGCGCCGGUCACGACAUCGGCGAUGUUCUGCACAUGACCAGUCACCAAAUUUCAACUGCCUUGGCUCUCUUCUACGUCGGCUAUGUGGUUUUUGAUUUACCAUCUAACUUGGUCAUGACGCGGUUGAGUCCACACGUCUGGAUGAGUCGCAUUGUGAUCAGUGUCGGACUGAUCGGUACCUGCAUGGUGGCCAUGAAAUCGGCUUGGAGCUUCUACCUGCUCCGCCUCCUUCUAGGUAUCGUUGAAGCAGGAUUGUGGCCGGGGAUGACCUAUUACUUGACGCUCUUCUACCCGCCAUCUCGCAUGGGAAAGCGUAUUGGCCGGUACUUUACCGCUGCGCAAGUAUCGGCCGCCGUUGUGGGACUAGUCUCUGCUGGAUUCCAAAAGAUGGACGGAGUCCGUGGCUACGUUGGAUUCCAAUGGAUGUUCCUGGUAUGGGGUGUGAUUACGAUCGCGCUUGGAUUUGUCUUGCUCUGGUGGCUACCGGACCGUCCUGUGGCACCGGGUGAGGAUGAAUCUACUCGCGCAUGGUAUAUGAAGUGGGUGCCUCGCAGUGCCCCGGCUUUGAAGGGACGUGAUGCGGUGAUUCACUACCAUGACUUGAAGCGUGUUUACCAUGCCCCUGCAUGGAGCUUCCGCGAUUUACUUCAUGUGUUCAUGGACUGGCGGCUAUGGCCGCUCUUGAUCAUGUACUUUGGCGUUGUUGGCGUUGGAAUCGGCGUCCAGCUCUAUGCGAACCUGAUCAUCCAGGCAAUCAACCCGUCCUUGAAUGGAGUCGAUGUGAGCUUGCUCACUGCUCCUAUUUGGAUUAUGGAUUUAAUUGCCAUCUUGCUUGUUACACCAUUCUCCGACCGCUUCCAUCGGCACCGUGCUCUUUUCUUCUCCAUCCCGACUUUGCUUCAGAUCCUGGGUCUCCUUCUCACGAGCUAUGCCGGUUCUGACGAAAACCCUUGGCCUCGGUACGGUGGCUUAUUGAUCGUCGGAUUCGGUCUCGGGCCUACUGUACCCAUCACGAUGACGUGGACUGCAGAGAUUUUCCAGCCCCGUCACGGCGAAGUCGGCGUGGCAGCUGCUUCUGCCGUGGUUUCAGGCUGGGGAAACCUGGGAAGUAUCAUGACAACCUAUGCCUUGUAUUCUGGAUGGGCGAGCGACGCCAAUGCGCCAGGACGGCAUAAGUACCGUAAGAGUAACUUGGUGAUGAUCGGCAUUUUGAUUGCCAGUAUUUUGGCAGCCAUCUUGAUGCAAGUGACACUUCACUAUACGGAUCGUCGGUACCGUCACACCGAGGAGCACGAAGGCGCUGUUGACGGAGCUGCACGGCGAGAGGCGCAACAGCGUGGACUGCGGGGAUUAGGAUCGGGCAUGGGUCAGUUUUUCCGACGUGGCAAAGCCGAUCAGGAGUGA